AAUUUAAUAUGUAAUACUUUAAAUAUGUCCGCUGCCAGAAAACAAUAUCUGUCAUUAUACCACAAAUUCUGGAUGUGCAGAAGGCUAAAUUCAACGAAAUGUGACACUAAUGGCAGCAAACUUAAAUUGGAUUUCAAAGACAAGGUAGUAUUUAUCACUGGUGCUUCGUCUGGCAUAGGUGCACAAACAGCUGCGGACUUUGCACAACUCGGUGCUAAAUUAGCCUUGGUUGGUAGAAGUAAAGAAGGUCUAGAGAAAACAGCGCAAAGAUGUAAAUCCAAGGAAAAACCGCUGACACUUCAGGCAGACUUGCAAAGUGAAUGCGAUAUACAAACUGCUUUUGAAGAAACUAUCCAAAAAUACAAACGUCUGGAUGUACUUGUUAAUGGCGCUGGUAUCAUGGAAAUGGGUUCUAUAGAAUCUACAAACUUGGAGCAGUAUGAUCGCACAAUGCAAACAAAUCUAAGAUCCAUGUAUCAACUUUGUAUGCUUGCAGCACCAGAGCUUAUUAAAACAAAGGGUUGUAUAGUUAAUAUAUCCAGUGUGUGUGGUGUCCGUUCCUUUUCAAAUUUGGUAGCUUACAAUAUUUCCAAGUCAGGAGUAGAUCAAUUAACAAAGAGUGUUGCUUUAGAUUUGGGACUCAAGGGUGUACGUUGUAAUUGUGUUAAUCCAGGUACUAUUGUAACGAAUUUGCAAAAAAGAGGUGGAAUGGACGAAGAAGCAUACAAGGCAUUGCUUGAACGUGGUAAACAAUCGCAUGCAUUGGGCAGGAACGGGAAUCCAACUGAAGUUUCAAGUGCGAUAUGUUUUCUUGCCAGUGAAAUGGCCAGUUUUAUAACAGCUGUACAGCUAUCUGUAGAUGGUGGUAGACACGCACUGUGUCCCAGAUGAUUUAGGAAAAAUAUCUAACUUAAUCCGUAUUUCGAAAUUAAAUUAGAUGUAGGCGGAUGUCUAAGGAAUCUGUCAGCAAACUUAAAAUGAACUUUAAGGACAAAGUGGUAUUCAUCACUGGUGCAGUUUCUGGUAUAUAAGGUCUUAAAAAGACCGCGAAGAAAUGCAAAUCUAAGGAACCGCCAAUAACAAUUAAGGCAGACAUGAGAAGCGAAUGUGAUAUCCAAACUGCUUUUGAAAAAGUUGUACAAAAAUACAAACAUCUGAAUGUGCUUGUUAAUGGCGCUGGUAUUAUGGAAAUGGGUUCUAUAGAAUGUACAGAUUUGGAACAGUUCGAUCGUACAAUGCAAAUAAAUCUAAGGUCAACUUUCUAUGCUUGCAACAUCAGAGCUUAUUAAAACAAAGGGUUGUAUAGUUAAGAUAUCCAGUGUGGUGAAGUGGUGAAAUGGACGAAAAACAUACAAAGCAUUGCUGGAAUGAGGUAACCAGUCGCAUGCAUUGGGCAGGAACGGGUAUCCAAAUGAAGUUUCAAGUCCAAAUGCUUUCUUGUCAGCGAUAUGGCUAGUUUUAUAACAGCUGUACAGCUAUCUGUAGAUGGUGGCAGACAUGCUCUGUGUCCCAGAUGAGUGGAAAUGGCAAAAUUCAACUUUUGUUGGCAAAAAAAUAUGGUAGCGGCAUAUAAGCGACAAUAGAAUUCCAAAUUUAAAGUGCAAAACUUUAGAUAAACAAUAAAAAUUUUUAAAAUAUAGUA